AUGCAGGGCUUUCAGUUGUCACCUUUGUCGACUGGUUCGUUAAGUGUUGUUCAGAAUGUGUUGGACAACUUUCAUAAUGGAAAGACAACGAAGAUGAACGGCGGAGGAAAACAGCUUUGUGUUAUAUGUGGCGGAUUGGCAAAUGGUUAUCAUUUUGGAGCACUCUCGUGUGCAGCAUGCAAUGCAUUCUUCCGUCGUUCAGUUGCGGAAUCUCGGAAAUAUUUUUGCAGAAAAUCUGGUCACUGCGUGAUCGACCAGGCUGCUCGGUGUUUCUGUCGCGCUUGCCGUUUGAAGAAGUGCCUGGAUUGCGGAAUGGACCCGAACGUUGUCCAGAAACCAGAGGUUCGGAGCGCAUUGCCGAGAUCAGAUUACGACUCCUCGAGGAACAUUGUUGAGUUACUUGUGGAGUCAUAUCGCCGGUUACGUGAACGACGGCGCUUACUUUUUUGCCCUCCAACGCUUCGUGAUCUUUUGGGCGGAACUGAAGCGGUACGAACUUUUAUUGCUCACAAUGGCGACAGAGAAAACAAUAGUUUAAUUGUCAAUAUAAUGCUGGUCAAAAAUGCGGGUGUCCCGUAUUCUUUGAUGGAGAAGUUUUAUGUUACAAUGCGCGGAGGAGGAUUUCAAACACACCGAAUCAUUAACAACGAUAAUACGGCGGAUACUUUGUCUCGGUCUGAAGAUCUAGUAGCAACGUCGAAGGUUAUGAAGGCUGAUGUGUGUACAGCUAAAAGGUUGUUACUUUUUACUUUCCUGUGCGUAGUUUGGCUUUUUUCAACAGCGGCUCCAAAUUUGAGUGACUUGGCGAAGAAGUUGGUAAAAGAAGCGAGGGAUCAUUUGUAUUUAGACUGGUUCGCAUAUUAUGAAGCACAUAAUAUUAGUGAUGGUUCAAUGAGAGUCGGGAACGCGUUACUCCUUCUACCAGCCAUUUAUGUGUGCAGCAAGAAGCAGUUAGAGAAUUACCACUUAGUUCGCUUUUUUAAUCUAUUUGAGCUAACGAGUCUGGUCGACGACUUAAAAUCUUCCGUCGUUGCGUUCACGAAGCCAUUGUAG